AUGGGGGUGUCCUCCUAUGGGGAGGUGCUAGAGGCAGACGCGCUAGAACAGAAGCCCCAACCCAAAGUGGACCUGGCCCCAGACCCAGACCCAGACCUGGAGAUGGAACCAGUGCCGUCUUUACUGGAGUCAGAGCUGUACCCAGACUUCAAGCCUGAAGCUGAGCUGGACACAGAAGCCAAGUGGAACAAGGAGGCUGGCUUCAAAGGAUUCCUGCAGCCAUUGUGCAGGAUAGAAUCCGUCCACUCCAACAUAGGGCUGCCCGUGCCGCAGACCUUCAGACAGCGGGGUCUGAAUUCAAGCCACCAUAGUUUCACGGAGGAGAAACAGGUGUCUGCCAACCACUGCUCCAUCAGCGCACAGACCUCCAACCACCUCUUCUGGGCAAACAAGCUCAUCCAGGCCUCAGAGCACAGCCUGCAGCGGGCCAUCCACACGCAGCUCAACAACACCAGCACAAGCCAGCUCACCAGAGCCCCCGGCCGGGCGGCCGUCACCACCAACACCCUGUGCUCCGAGGAGCAGCUCCAGACCCCCAACGCCCGCUCAGCUCCUCCAGCCGCAAGCUCCCAGGCGCCACCAAGCCCCCUCCUGCACUCAGAUCUCCCGCCACCCAUCGGCCUAAGAGAGCUAGUCACCUUUGCAUCUUCCCUGGCCAUGGCCUCCUCCAGCAGGAUGGACCUGCCCACUUUGGAACACAGGAUGAAAGCUCCACCCCAGCAGGCUCCGGAGCCUUCCACAGAACGCGUCCUGACCGCUGCGAAGGAUGGAGAGCCAGAAAAGCACGCAGAGACCCUGCCGGGAAAACCAUGUGAAGCCAGAGCUCCACAGAAAUCUUGGAGUCAGGAAAGCAAGAACCAAUAAAGACUCCAGUGCUGGUCAUCGGCUCCGACUUCUAUGCAAAGGCCCCUGGGCCAGGGAGCCCACCUGCUGUGGGCUGCUGUGUCCUGCUCUGUU